CCACGGGAGCAGUUCAAUGGAAAAGGGAAGCGAGAGUUUAGUUACAGCACGGACGGCAAGAGAGAGGGAGACGGGGGUUUCAAGUCAAAAUUUGAGAAACGGAGACGACUCGUCGAAAAGCAUGGCGUGUCAGGUUGCGGUAGGGAGAGUACGGGAUGAUCGGAAGGAGUCGCCGAUGGUCGUCGGUUGCGGCGGCGGACGGCGCUGGGGGAGUUGGAUUUACCGGUGACUCGGUGGUUAGGGAGAGGUUUAGGUGAAGGAUGAAGAAGGGGAAAUGUAAGAACAGUAGCUUGCUACCUAAUUCGCUUAAGAUUAUUUCGUCUUGUCUCAAGACUGUAUCGACUAAUGCUAGCACCGUUGUUCGCUCCGCCGGUGCUUCGGUCGCCGCUUCCAUCUCUGCUUCCUCCGAUGAUCGCAGAGAUCAGGUAACUUGGGCAGGCUUUGACAAAAUAGAGUUUGGUCCUACUACCUUUAAACAUGUUCUCUUACUUGGUUAUUUGAAUGGUUUCCAAGUCUAUGAUGUUGAGGAUGGUUCUAACUUCAGUGAAUUGGUCUCAAAGCAUGAUGGUCCAGUUACAUUCUUACAAAUGCUGCCAAUUCCUGCAAAAUCUGAUAGUGAUGAAGGAUUCAGAUCGUCGCAUCCUUUAUUAUUGGUUGUUGCAGGGGAUGAACCCAACAACUUAAGAUUGAGCCAAACUGGAGCCCAUGGAGCCCAUUUGAACAGCUUAAGCAGAGGUGCUACUUUGGAGUGUCACCCAGCGAAACAUGUCAACUUUCCUACAGCAAUCCGCUUUUACUCUCUCAGGUCUAACUGUUUUGUGAAGAUGAUGAAGUUCCAGUCAGCUGUAUGUAUGGUUAGAUGCAGUUCUCGGAUAGUGGCUAUCAGUCUUGCUACACAAAUAUAUUGCAUUGAUGCACUUACCCUUGAGAAUAAAUUCAGCGUUCUCACCUCUCCUGUUCCCCAGUUAGGAGGACAAGGAUCAAUUGCAGUCAAUUGUGGUUACGGUCCAAUGGCAGUGGGUCCAAGGUGGCUGGCCUAUGCUUCUAGUAACCUGCUUGUAUCAAGUGCGGGUCGCGUAAGCCCAAAGAACCUUACUCCCUCCCCAGGUGUCAGCCCAUUGACAUCACCCAGUAGUGGUAGUAUGAUGGCUCGUUAUGCAAUGGAAUCUAGCAAACAGCUGGCUGCUGGUAUAAUCAAUCUGGGUGAUAUGGGAUACAAAACCGUAUCCAGAUACUGUCCAGAUCUGCUUCUAGAUGGUCCCAUUACUCAAGUUCCAUCAAGUUCUGGCCGGAAGAUUGGUAGGCUUACAGCUUCAGAAAUGGAGAAUGCAGGAAUGGUUAUUGUAAAGGAUUUCAUAUCUCGGGCUGUUAUAUCCCAGUUCAGGGCUCAUAAAAGUCCAAUAUCUGCAUUAUGCUUUGAUCCAAGCGGAACCCUUCUGGUUACUGCUUCAGUAUGUGGAAAUAACAUAAAUAUCUUCCGCAUAAUACCCUCUUGUACACACAAUGAAUCUGGAAAUCAAAGCUAUGAUUGGAGCUCUGCUCAUGUACAUCUCUACAAGCUCCAUCGUGGAAUAACAACCGCUAUCAUCCAAGACAUUUGCUUUAGUCAUUAUGGUCAGUGGGUUGCCAUUAUCUCAAAUAAGGGAACAUGCCAUAUCUAUGUUCUAUCACCUUUUGGCGGUGAUGUUGGAUUUCAAACCAUUGAUUCUCAUGGUGAAGAGGCCUUGCUGAAUCCAGUUUUAACUCAACCAUGGUGGUCUACUUCAUCAUUCAAUAUUAACCAUCAUUUUUCUCCACCACCACCUAUUACACUUUCUGUAGUAGCCCGGAUAAGAGAUGGUAACUCUGGGUUGCUUAAUUCAGUUACCAAUGCUGCUACUUCUGCAGCAGGAAAGGUUUCUACGCCAUCGGGUGCUGUUGCUGCUAUUUUUCACAAUUCCUUGUCUCAUGGUUGUCGAGAUAUUCACGUAAGGGCUAAUUCCUUGGAGCAUCUGUUGGUUUAUACUCCAUCAGGUCAUGUUGUUCAACAUGAACUCAUUCCAUUAAAGGGGCUAGAACUAAGUGAUACUGAUUUAAAAACUCAGUCUGGUUACCAUAUGCAUACCAGUGAUGAAGAAAUAAGGGUAAAGGUUGAACCUAUUCAAUGGUGGGAUGUAUGCAGACGAGCAGAUUGGCUGGAGAGAGAGGAAUCUAUUUCUUGGACUACCUUUUCCAGACAGGAAGUUUCACAGAUAAUUGGCGACAAAGGUAGAAGUAGAACAAAUUUUCAGGCAAUAAAUGGGAGGAUUUUGGUUAAUGAGAUGGUUAAAAGUGAUCUCCUAAAGCCCCAAGAGAGAUCACAUUUCUACCUAUCCAAUGCUGAGGUGCAAAUGAACUGUGGGAGGUUGGCUAUAUGGCAAAAAUCCAAGAUUCAUUUGCACAUGAUGAGUCCUCUAGCAAUCAAAGGUCACACAGGCGGGGAGUUUGAAAUUGAAAGGGUCCCACUGGAUGGAGUGGAGAUAAAAUUGAAGGAUUUAUUGCCCGUUUUUGAUAAUUUCUGUAGCAUCAAGUCAAACUGGAAUGACAGACGGCUUUCUGGUGGAAUGGAUUCCCAUGCUUCAUCAUUGGGACUUCAUCAGCUAAGAGAUAAGGUAGCAGAAGAAGCUGUUAUUUGCCAUUCAAAGCCAGCGUCACUGAGCUCCACUGAAAGCUCUGAUGGAGCAGGAUCAUCAAGAAGAAUCGAUUACUUAAUUGAGUUGGAUCAAAAGAAUUUUGACAAGCCUAUUACAUCUAUGAGCAAUACUGGAGACAUGUUGAAUCAGAAAAUUAGAGGGAGUACAGAUGCUGAAUCUUUCAUGUGGAAACAGAAAUCUGAGCAUUUAGAGAACACCAAUUCUCAUUUUGUCGGCUCUAUCACAAACCAGUCGUCCUUGGUAGAAAGCGAUGUCCCUACUGGCAGAAAAGCCAUUGCCCGAGCGGCUCUGACUUCAGACACUUGUGGGAGGAGAGAUGACCAGGUUUUAACUCAUGACCCAUUUGAUUCAGCUAUGAAUACAAGUUCUGAAGGCUGUGAACCUUCUAGGCUGCAAAAUUCGGUUGAUCUCGAGUCUCUUUCCCAGGAGGGUUACUGUAAAGCUUUGGAGUCCGAUGGAUACUGCAAGUUAGCUGAUGUUGUAACUGAUGAGUAUCAGGUGAACUGCAGCAAAGAACACCAUGAGAGGGAAAACCCUGAAGAUGAUAGGGAUAACGACGAGUUGCCAGGUGGCGUGUUUUCCUUCUUCGACCAAGGUAAAACGGUGCGAGUCAUGAAUACAACAUAUCUGGUGUCUCACAAGGGGGGCCUAAUGCCUACUAAUUGUUGAUUCCUAGUCUGAAUAUUGUCGAAGAGUUUCCACAUUAGCUGGUGAAGGUAACACUGAUUACAUCUCACCUCCAACCACCCUAUGUGUUUCCUCCCCCCCCCUCCAUCUCUCUCUCUUCCCCUCUGUGUGUGUAUCUUGUAAAUGAAAAAUCAUACUCUUUCAUGGGAUUUGGGUGAGGAGCAUUUGAGUAGGUUUGGGUUUGCAUCCUUGUUCUUGAACUUUUGUUCAAGUUGCCUGUAUAGAUAGAUGAUAUCAAUACGAUCCGGUUCUUUCAA